GACAAGGAGCUAGAGGGUAAAAUGGAGAAGAAGCAUUUCGAGAAGGAAGGGGAGAAGGAGAGCGAUACCGAGCAGGAGGAUGAGAACGCGGAGGAAGUGGAGGAGCACAACGCGAGCGGGCAGGACAUUCAGCGACCGAUGAGUCAGCUGCAAUUGACCGCGGAUAAUUCGUCGAAUUUAAAGUCACCGAAAUUUGACUCGAACAACCUGAUGGUGAGGAACGAACAAGCCAUACCGAGCUCCCCUCCUCCCUCUUACGAGCACGUUAUCGAACAGACGCGGAUGGAGCACGCAGCCGAGGUGCAGAAGUACGAGGCAGGGAAGAACGCCGGGAACGACGCGUCUGGCGAAGAUAAUAGAACAAAAGCGCCCAAGAUCCUUCACAAGUCGAGCAAAGAGUUGUACAGAGCGGUGGCGAAACAGUGGGGCAUCACUUGCAAGAUGAGCGACCACUGCAGAUGCUUGGACUGUCAGAGCUGUUACUUCGACUGCGAGUACGACAAGAACGAGCACCAGAAGACUGACGGUGGUCUCGGCGCAGGCACGCCGAUGUUCAUUUCCGAGGUGAUGCAGGGUUCCGGUUGCGUGCUGCUCUAAGACACCGGAAGCGGCCAUCCGCGAUGACGACAGUCCUCGCCGUGCUUCCGCUGGGAGCAAAGAUUCACGUGAUUGCGCACAAACCAAGCUGACUGUUUCCUCAUGGACCGACAACCACGAAUCAGCGAGAGUACUUUAUCGACCGUUGUCCUUUGACACUUUGCGCCGAAACCAGCAGCCAGCCGAAUAUAUAAACCUUUGUAAUCGAAAGAUACGUGUAUGUGGUUGUUCGUGAAUUUUCGUCUGGUAAUUGUCCAAAUAAUCACCGUUCAAAUCGGGAUAAUUCUAA